UCUUAUCAGUAGCUCAGUUCGUGUUUUGGAAACCAGUCGUCACGUGACACGGGCUUGAGGUUCUCUCUCUCUUGCCUCCUUUUCCGAACUGAAGGAACGGUUUUUCUUUAAAAAGAAAAUCCCCCUCCUUUUGCUGUCGCUUUGUUCUGCCCUGAGCGGAACUUUUCUACAAUUGAUCGAUGAAUGAUUUUCUUGGCUGCUUAAUUGAACCUGAAGAUGACAGCUGAGCCAAACGCAUCCAGUUGUUUGUGUCAAACUUGGAGAGAAGUUGCCAGUCACAGGGGCCAAAACUUAACUGGAAGUGAACUCUACCGGUUAAGUGAUUUGUAUGCCGAAGAGAAGAAGAUUGAAGCAUUGAACUGUAUAGCAAAACCUAAGUGCCAAAGGAUACAAAAUCUGACUUCAGAGCAGAGUGGCUACACAUACCAGACUAAAGAUGAAGCCGAUACAGAUAAGUUCAGAAACAGCCAUCAGUCCAUACCUUUGCCUUUGCCUUUGCCAACCAAACACCAGCCAAACAAGACAUUUUUCAAUACGCAUUAUACUAAUCCCGAGCUAAGUUCCGAUAUUGUUCACGAUCGAAAUUCUCAAACAAGCCAUCUCGUUUCGAAAUCCCACAAACUAAACGGCGCACAUAGAUUCGCCAAUGCUUCAAAUUCAGAAAGUGAAUCUGCAAAGAGUAACAUCGCCUUCAACCAUUCCCACAAUCCAUCCUCCCAAGAACUUCUUUCCGGAAGUGCUUUAUCUGGCGCACAUGCAUCGAACCAAUUUCAAAUCAGAGCUUCACCACCUGUUGAUUCCUCGGCUUUUGAUAGGCAAAUAGAUUCCUCUUCUUCUUCUCAGCUACAACAAGACACUGAUGAAUCCAAACAAAGCUUGGGCAACGAUUCUUUAGCUUCUUCACCUAUCGUAGUAACAUUAGAACAUUGCCAGGCGAAACCAGCUUGGGAACCCCCUUAUUGCUCAAAAGGUGCUCGAAGCAUUUCAUUUGAUCAGUCUUUAGCUAACAAGCAUGAGCACGCAAAUAACCUUUGCGAGAGGAUGUCCACCCUUUCUGUGGAUCAUACUUUCAGAAAAGCUUCCCUCCCUAUCACUGUUUCUGAACCAGAAGCUUCUUCGCAGUCUUCUGAUCUGUGGGCACCUGUUAGGACUUUCGCAAGGUGCAGUCGGAAUUCUGUUCCUCGAAUCACUUACAGCAGAUCUAAUGAUACGCACACUGUUUCAUCGACAGGAGAGAGUCGCCCAAUAUAUCCAUCUUUGCCAUAUUCUCCAUUCUGCUCGCCAAAUUCAUCGCCAAGGCUCCCAAGGCAUCAACUGCCCAGGGAAAGUCGUAAAGUGCAUCUGGAAUCGCAUCCUGACUAUGAGCAACUAAAUCAUUAUCGUCUAAAAGGAGAAAUUGGUCAGGGAUCUUUUGGCAUCGUUAAACUAGCGUACAACGAAGAAGAUAAUAUGCAUUAUGCCAUGAAAGUUCUUUCAAAGAAGAAACUGAUGAGAAGGGCUGGUUUAUAUGGUAGAGUACCUCCUAUUCGAGAUGGCCAGAAGACUCGCGUCGGACCUCUUGCUCAGAUCUAUACCGAAAUUGCCAUUUUGAAAAAGCUUAAUCAUCCGAAUGUCGUCAAAUUAUUUGAGGUUUUAGAUGACCCGGAUGAAGAUAAUUUAUAUAUGGUUUUUGAGUUGCUUCAAAGAGGACCUGUGAUAAAUGUGCCUACAUCAGACCCUUUACCUGAACUAAAGGCCUGGCAGUAUUUUAGAGAUAUAAUUAUGGGAAUUGAGUAUCUUCAUUACCAGAAGAUUGUGCAUAGAGACAUCAAGCCGUCCAAUUUAUUACUGACCGACGACGAUAGGAUAAAGAUUUCUGACUUUGGAGUUUGCAACCAGUUUGAAGGAGUAGAUGCUUUUUUGUCUGACACAGCGGGUACACCUGCGUUUGUGGCGCCUGAAGUUCUAAAAGGGACCAGAGAAGUUUACAGUGGCAAGGCUCUGGAUAUCUGGCAGACCGGAGUUAGUCUGUACACAUUUGUGUACGGCGAUGUUCCUUUCCAGGAUCCGAACAUCUUGGCUCUUUACACCAAGAUCAAAUCCUCUCCAGUGCCAUUUCCAGACAAAUACAAAGUCAGUGAGAGGCUGAAAGAUUUGCUUAGUAACAUGUUAGAAAAGGAUCCUAAGAAACGAAUCACUCUGAAGGCUAUUAAAGAGCAUAGAUGGGUGACAAAUGACGGCCUUAGUCCGUUGCCAUCGGAAGAAGAGAAUUGCAGACCCGUAGAGGUAACGCAAGAAGAUAUACAAAAGUCCAUCAAUUCGAUACCAAAGUUAGGCACAUUAAUCUUGGUCAAGAGCAUGCUGAAGAAGCAUUCCUUCAGUAAUCCUUUCAAAUACAGCAGCGUCUAUGGAAAGAAGCUGGCCCCUGUAGUGGCCAGUGCUGCGUCCACCUCAGAUCCUCAUUUAGAGCGGAAAGCCUUGCCAGCCUUAAUUGAAGUGAAUUCCGGAAGUGUCGAAGACCAGUGACACCUCAUUCUAUUCUCCUGUACACAUUGUAUAAAGAAAAACAGCUUUUGUAAAAUUUGCCACAAUAUUCUAUUUAACUUAUUCCAGUCUUUAACUUUUCUCGUUAAAUCUUCGCUUUCUAUGAAUAACUAUACAUCUUUUCUCCUCUCUUUAUCUUCUGGACGAAACUCUUACACGCUUCUGGAAUCUUUAUUCCAUUCUGAGAAUAUUUUGGUAAAAUAUUUUAAACAGUU